AUGGCCCCGGUGUACAUCGCCGGCAAAACGAUCAUCCAAGCUUUUGACUUCGAUUUGGAGACCGGCGCGCUCGAGGCCAAAGCGCCCCCCAUCGAAGUGGAUGGGGCAGGCAGCUUCCUCGCGCUUGGGCAUGCCGCGGGCUUCACGAACAACGUGUUAUACUCCGUGGCCAAGCCUGGGGCUGCCGCAUUUCGUGUGGAUCCAGCGACGGGAGGACUCGCUCACCUCAACACCGUGAAGUGCGACCUCUCAGGCGCCUGCCACGUGACUGUGGCCUACAGCGGUGUAGAGGGCAUGGUCAUUACCUCUGCCUACGGUGCUGGUGGCCUGAACGUGAUCAGGGCCAAAGAGGACGGUAGCCUUGCAGAGGUGCAGCCAGGAGCUUCCAUCCAGCACCAUGGGGGCAGCAAUGUCUAUCAACCAGCGGAGGGCAAUGAGCAGGAACAGGCGCACCCGCAUUCCUGCUUUAUGGAUCCCGAAGGAAGGUUCGCGCUGGUCUCGGAUUUGGGCCAAGACAAGAUCUAUACCUACGCUGUGGAUCCGCCGCGUGGCCGCCUCGAGGCGCGGGCCACCACUGCCACGGCCCCGGGCGCUGGGCCACGCCACCUCUGUUUCCACCCCAAUGGGCAGCUAGUGUAUGGUAUCAAUGAGCUGGACUGCACCAUCAACGUGUACAGCUAUGAUCGUGAUGAAGGGAAGCUCGGCUUGAUCCAGACUGUCUCGACGCUGCCCGAAGGAUACAACAAUCGGGAUCAUGGCAACGCGAAGAAUGCUGCGGGAGAACCGGCAUCAGGCCCGAACCGACCGCAGCAGACCAAUGCCACGGCGGACAUCCAUGUCUCGCCAGAUGGUCGGUUUGUGUAUGGCUCAAACCGUGGCCAUGAUAGCUUGGUGUGCUUUGCGGUGGGUGGUAGUGGCCAGCUGGAGCUGGUGGGCUUCACCUACACCCAAGGUGCCCAUCCCAGGAACUUCAGCAUCCACCCUUCUGGCGAUUGGGUCUUGGUGGCGAACCAGGACAGUGACAACGUGGUGGUCUUCAGACGAGAUCAAGGGACAGGUGGUUUGACGGCGACAGACGCCCGGGUCACACUGAAAACGGCCAGGUGCAUUCUUUGGGGCAUGCCCGUGGAGCCUCGUCGGUGA